CUAAAAUCGGACAUUUGUUUAGAGAUGCCAACGAAACGGGUGACGGAGAGAAAUCGUAUAUUUCUUCUACCGGGUAUCGAAGGUUGUGGGAGAGUAUAUAAUUCAUUGGCUCUGGAAAUAAAGGCUCCUGCAACGUGCUUGCAGCAUGGCACGAAUAAUAUCUCCACGUGCGAAUCUGUUGUGCAAUCAGCUGCCACCUUAUUACCUCAUAUUCUUACAAGGUUGAAGGAUUCUGAAGAAUUGUCAAUAGUCGGAUAUUCGUAUGGAUCGUUAAUUGCUAUUGAGUUGAUGAGAUUGUUGGAAGCUAAAAGUCUCAGAGGGCAGUUAAUAUUAAUCGNACAGAACAACACUUUGACAGAACAACACUUCCCUUUUAUCAAUAUUGAUGAGUUUCAAAAUAAUGUUCUUAUAGGCAUAUUGGAUAUGUUCUCUACGGUUGAUAAUACAAUGAUUCUAAUUGAAUUAUCCAAGUACAAGACGUGGGAGGAAAAGCUUAACGCUUUUAUUGAGUACAUACUCACCAUAUCUACACAACUACCUUUUGUUGAAAAUUACAAGAUUUAUUGUACGACCAUUUACAAGCAUCUAAUGGCCCUUCAAGAAUACGAUGGGUCUUUAUUGCCGCCACUGAAAUCAUCUAUCGUGUUAUUAAAACCCCUAUUUGCGUCUCUGUCUUCUGCCGAGGAAGAUUACG